AGUUGAGAGUACCUUUUCAAAAUUCGCACGCCAAUUCAUUAUUUGCCUCAAUCGGAUGCUGAAUCAUCAGACUUCGAACUCAAUAAUGAAAACAUUUAAUUUACUUUGGCAGAUAUAAUUUAUGUAAUUGAAACUAUAUGUCUCCCAGUAGAUAUGGACAAAAAUAUAUACAAUGUAGUAACACGAUCUUGGCAAUAAGGCUGUGUUCUUUUUUAGCUUAGACAUCACAAAUUCCAACAAAAAUGUAGGAACGGGAUGAGUAAUUCUGUUCAAACUUUAUCUCUGCUUUCACACACUUUCUAAUUGAACCGGAAAAAAAACUUGACGGAUUGCAAACAUCACCUUACAAGACACGUUCCUGUUAUCGUAUUCACAUGACAAAUAAGAAAUAUAAUGCUGAAUAAUUAUUAUUAUAUAUAUAUAUAUAUAUAUAUAUAUAUAUUAUAUAUACCUACAAUGUCUCCCUACGAAAAGAUACCAAUAGCUCAACGCCGCACCUGUUCUCCCUCCAAAAGAAUUAAGGUAAUGGAUAUGUUGUUGUUAUUAUGUGUUCUCUUGGUUGCAUUGCCAAACCUGGCUGUAGUAGAGAGUCGCAGGGCUCCUGUUCUGGACUACUUUGAGUAUUGUGCUAUGAGCUGCAGAGCUUACAGUGCCUCAUUGGAAGAAUUUGGAGGGGUUGGUGAUGGAACAACUUUGAACACAAAAGCUUUUCAGGCAGCCAUAGAUCAUCUGAGUCAGUAUGCAUCAAGUGGUGGUUCUCAACUUUAUGUUCCCCCAGGAAAAUGGUUAACUGGCAGUUUCAAUCUCACCAGCCAUUUCACUUUAUUCCUACACAAGGAUGCUGUGAUUCUUGCCUCUCAGGAUGAGAAUGACUGGCCGGUGAUUGAUCCCUUGCCAUCUUAUGGUAGAGGGAGGGACACACAAGGUGGAAGGUUUAGCAGCCUAAUUUUUGGAACCAACCUCACUGAUGUAAUCAUAACUGGGGACAAUGGCACAAUAGAUGGACAAGGUGAUCUGUGGUGGCAAAAAUUCCGCAAGGGGGAGCUCAAGUAUACCCGGCCUUACCUGAUUGAAAUCAUGUACUCAGAUAAUGUUCAAAUAUCCAAUCUCACUUUGGUUAAUUCUCCAUCGUGGAAUGUACAUCCUAUAUACAGCAGCAACCUUGUUGUUCAAGGAAUCACAAUUCUUGCUCCUGUGACAUCCCCAAAUACAGAUGGAAUCAACCCUGACUCUUGCACAAACACGCGAAUUGAGGACUGUUACAUUGUCUCUGGGGAUGACUGUGUGGCUGUGAAGAGCGGUUGGGAUGAGUAUGGUAUAGCUUAUGGAAUGCCAACAAAGCAGCUUGUAAUUAGAAGACUCACUUGUAUUUCUCCAUUCAGUGCUGUGAUUGCUUUAGGGAGUGAGAUGUCUGGUGGGAUUCAGGACGUCAGAGCUGAGGACAUUGUAGCCAUCAAUUCAGAAUCAGGGGUCAGAAUCAAAACUGCUGUAGGAAGAGGGGGUUAUGUCAAGGACAUAUUUGUUAGAAGAAUGACCAUGAAAACCAUGAAAUGGGCAUUUUGGAUGACAGGAAAUUAUGGGUCUCAUGCUGAUGACAACUAUGAUCCUAAUGCACUUCCUGUGAUUCAGAACAUUAAUUAUCGUGAUAUGGUUGCUGAGAAUGUCACUAUGGCAGCAAGGUUGGAGGGUAUAUCUGGUGACCCUUUCACUGGAAUCUGCAUAUCCAAUGUAACCAUUCAACUGGCAAAGAAGGCUAAGAAAGUUCCAUGGACUUGCACUGAUAUUGCUGGAAUUUCAAGUGAUGUGACUCCUGCUCCUUGUGGUCUGUUGCCAGACCAGGGAGAAGAGAAGAUUGGGGCAUGUACCUUCCCAGAAGAAAGUUUGCCCAUCGAAGAUAUCAAGGUUCAAACGUGCACUUACAGAAGGAAUUUAUGAAUGUAAAAGGAAUGACCAAGUUUAAGGGAACAAUCCAAAGCAAUGUAAUACUUCAAAAAUUGUAUUUAAAAAUAUUGUGUUCUUAUAAAGACUCUGAACAAGGCAAUGACAACAAUGAUACAGAAAUGAGUCAAUAAUAAAUACACAUUUUAGUCGUCUA